GGCUGGGCCCAGGAGCCAGCGGGCGGGAGGGCUGCGGACUCUAGCGGGGCCUGCCGGGAAAGGGGCGGGCCGAGCGCACUGGGCCGAGGCGGAGCGAGGUGGGGGUGCUUACUCCGUUGAGGAGAGCGGGGUCGCGUCUGCCGCAGCAACGGGGUGCGGCCGGGUGGGGAACGCGGGAGCGGGUCCAGCUCCCAGGAAGGCUGGUCCGCGAGCGGCCCCUGCUCGGCUCCCAGGUCCCUGCGCGCCCACGCCCUUCCCGAGACCCCAGCAGGGCUGCGGCCCGCGUCCCGGAAGUUCCAGCCUGAACCAUGUUUUUCACUUGUGGCCCAAAUGAGGCCAUGGUGGUCUCCGGGUUCUGCCGAAGCCCCCCAGUCAUGGUGGCUGGAGGACGUGUCUUUGUCCUGCCCUGCAUCCAACAGAUCCAGAGGAUCUCUCUCAACACACUGACCCUCAAUGUCAAGAGUGAAAAGGUUUACACUCGCCAUGGGGUCCCCAUCUCAGUCACUGGCAUUGCCCAGGUAAAAAUCCAGGGGCAGAACAAGGAGAUGUUGGCGGCCGCCUGUCAGAUGUUCCUGGGGAAGACGGAGGCUGAGAUUGCCCACAUUGCCCUGGAGACGUUAGAGGGCCACCAGAGGGCCAUCAUGGCCCACAUGACUGUGGAGGAGAUCUAUAAGGACAGGCAGAAAUUCUCAGAACAGGUUUUCAAAGUGGCCUCCUCAGACCUGGUCAACAUGGGCAUCAGUGUGGUUAGCUACACUCUGAAGGACAUUCACGAUGACCAGGACUAUUUGCACUCUUUGGGGAAGGCUCGAACAGCUCAAGUCCAAAAAGAUGCACGGAUUGGAGAAGCAGAGGCCAAGAGAGAUGCUGGGAUCCGGGAAGCUAAAGCCAAGCAAGAAAAGGUGUCUGCUCAGUACCUGAGUGAGAUCGAGAUGGCCAAGGCACAGAGAGAUUACGAGCUGAAGAAGGCCGCCUAUGACAUCGAGGUCAACACCCGCCGAGCACAGGCUGACCUGGCCUAUCAGCUUCAGGUGGCCAAGACUAAACAGCAGAUUGAGGAGCAGCGGGUGCAGGUGCAGGUGGUGGAGCGGGCCCAGCAGGUGGCAGUGCAGGAGCAGGAGAUCGCCCGGCGGGAGAAGGAGCUGGAGGCCCGGGUGCGGAAGCCAGCGGAAGCCGAGCGCUACAAGCUGGAGCGCCUAGCCGAGGCAGAGAAGUCCCAACUAAUUAUGCAGGCGGAGGCAGAAGCCGAGUCUGUGCGGAUGCGUGGGGAAGCUGAGGCCUUUGCCAUAGGGGCCCGAGCCCGAGCCGAGGCUGAGCAGAUGGCCAAGAAGGCAGAAGCCUUCCAGCUGUACCAAGAGGCUGCUCAGCUGGACAUGCUGCUAGAGAAGCUGCCCCAGGUGGCAGAGGAGAUCAGUGGUCCCUUGACUUCGGCCAAUAAGAUCACACUGGUGUCCAGCGGCAGUGGGACCAUGGGGGCAGCCAAAGUGACUGGGGAAGUACUGGACAUUCUAACUCGCCUGCCAGAGAGUGUGGAAAGACUCACAGGCGUGAGCAUCUCCCAGGUGAGGUCUCGGGUUGGAGCUGAGGAGCAGAAUUGCUAGGUUCCUGUGUUGUAUGACGCAGCAUGCCUAGCAUUUAACCAGCAUCCAGGUCUGGGAGUCAUUGAUGUUUAUUAAUCACUUUCUGUGUGCCAGACACAGUGCCAAACUUCUACAUAAAUGAGUUGUUUUAAAUCAAACUACCCUUAGGGUAUAUAGGAUUUUACAAAGUCAAGAAACUCAACUUCCAGCAUGUUCCUACUCAUUCUGCUGGUGCAGCUGGAGUGAAAUCCAGGUCGACUGUCUCUGCAACCUGUGCUUGUGGUCACCCCACUAGUAUAGGGAACUAGUUGCAGCCUACUGACAGUUAAUUAAUUCCAGGGCAUAUCACUGCUUUUCUUGAUGCCCCAGUUAAUUCACCUGUAGAUCAUGGCAGAGGUCAGCAAACAGACUCUGGAACCACUGUUUUGUUGUGAAUCCUAGCUACAAUGUCUGCUAGCUGUAAUCUUGGACAAGUAACCUCUCUAUACCUGUUUCCUCAUCUUAAAAUUGGGUUAAUAAUUAGAAGCUACCGGCCGGGCGCGGUGGCUCACGCUUGUAAUCCCAGCACGUUGGGAGGCCGAGGCGGGCGGAUCACGAGGUCAGGAGAUCGAGACCAUGGUGAAACCCCGUCUCUACUAAAAAUACAAAAAAUUAGCCGGGCGUGGUGGCGGGCGCCUGUAGUCCCAGCUACUUGGAGAGGCUGAGGCAGGAGAAUGGCGUGAACCCGGGAGACGGAGCUUGCAGUGAGCCGAGAUCGCGCCACUGCACUCCAGCCUGGGCGACAGAGCGAGACUCCGUCUCAAAAAAAAAAAAAAAAAAAAAAAAAAAAUUAGAAGCUACCCUGCUGAAUUGUUGAGAGGCUCGAGCAAAUAUUUGCAGUGUUUAGAAUAGUGCCUGGUAUAUAGUAAGCAUUAUGUGUAUGUUAAAGAAAUGGGGCCAGGUGCAGUGGCUUACGCCUGUAAUCCCAACACUUUGGGAGGCCGAGGCAGGCAGAUCACCUGAGGUUAGGAGUUGGAGACCAGCCUGGCCAACAUGGUGAAACACUAUCUUUACUAAAAAUACAAAAAAGAAUUAGCCAGGCUUGGUGGUGCCUGCCUGUAAUCUCAGCUACUCGGGAGGCUGAGGCAGGAGAAUUGCUGGAACCCAGGAGGCGGAGGUUGCAGUGAGCUGAGAUAGCACCACUGCACUCCAGCCUGGGUGACAGAAUAAGACUCUAUCUCAAAAAAAAAAAAAAAAAAGGCCGGGCACGGUGGCUCACGCCUGUAAUCCCAGCACUUUGGGAGGCUGAGGCGGGUGGAUCACGAGGUCAGGAGAUCGAGACCAUCCUGGCUAACACAGUGAAACCCCAUCUCUACUAAAAAUACAAAACAGCCGGGCGUGGCGGUGUGUGCCUGUAGUCCCAGCUGCUGGGGAGGCUGAGGCAGGAGAAUGGUGUGAACCCGGGAGGCAGAGCUUGCAGUGAGCCGAGGUAGUGCCACUGCACUCCAGCCUGGGCAACAGAGCAAGACUCUGUCUCAAAAAAAAAAAAAAAAAAAAAAAAAAAAGAGAAAGAAAUGCAUAUUUGGGCUGGGUGCUGUGGCUCACGCUUAUAAUCCCAGAACUUUAGGAGGCCAAGGUGGACGAUCAGCUGAGGUCAGAAGUUUGAGAUCAGCCUGGCCAACAUGGUGAAACCCCAUCUCUACCAAAAAUACAAAAAUUAGCCGGAUAUGGUGGCGCAUACCUGUAAUCCCAGCUACUCGGGAGGCUGAGGCAGGAGAAUCGCUGGAACUCAGGAGACGGAGGUUGCAGUAAGCCAAGAUCACGCCACUGCACUCUAGCCUGGGUGACAGAGUGAGAUUCCGUCUCAAAAAAAAAAAAAAAAAAAAAAAAAAAAGCAUAUGUAAAUAAAAGCACUGGAU